AUGGGGAUAAAAUACAAAGUAAACACCGCCUAUCACGCACAAGAAAAUGGGCACGUGGAGAUAUCCAACAGGGAGAUAAAGAGCAUUAUGAAAAAAGUUGUACAUCAAAACAGGAAGGAUUGGAGUAAUCAUCUGGCAGACGCGUUAUGGGCAUACUGGACUGCUUUUAAAACUCAUAUUAGCAUGUCUCCUUUUAGGUUGCUUUAUGGAAAAAGAUGUCAUCUACCAGUAGAGAUCGAACACAAGGCAUACUGGGCAAUCAAGCAAAUAAAUCUCAGUAUGCGCCUGGCUGGAGAGGAACGGAAAUUGCAGAUGAGUGAGUUAGAAGAGCUCCGAUCGGAGUCAUACAACAAUGCUGUCCUCUAUAAGGAGAGAACCAAGAGAAUCCAUGAUGCUAAGAUCAGAAAAAAGAAAUUUUGGGUAGGACAAAAAGUCCUACUGUUCAAUUCACGUUUCAAAAUGAUGGUUGAAAACCUUCGUUCAAAAUGGUCCGGACCAUUCAUGGUAAAGGAGAUUUUUUCGAAUGGAAGUGAUACAUUCAUGGUGAAUGGGCACCGUUCGAGGCCUUACCAAGAGUAUGUUGAGUUUGAGAAAGGAAAGAAGGAGUGCCAUCUCCUUGAUCCUAUUUAUGAAUGA